GUGAAUUGCAAUAAAAAAUCGAAAAUGCGAAACUGUUUUACAAAAAUAUCAAAUGUGUUUCGUAAGAAACCAAACAACAGUCAAUUGGAACAUAGCCACCUGAGCGAGUUUGGAGACCUACCGAACGAAAAUGAGGAACUUGACGAAACAUACAUUAAAAGCCCACCACGUUAUCGAAUAGCCGAUAAGCAAAAUUUCGACGCCAUUUACGAUAAGAACGUUUUGGAGCAACAAAUGAUAGAAAGCAACGAAAUUGAUAAGAAGGAUUUAAGCAAUUUGAGUAUAACGUCGCCAAGUCUAGGCAUGGCAAACGAUAAUAAAAAUAGCUCACAACGUAAGCAAAGUAAAACGAAACAAAAGCAAAAACAACAACAAAUGCAACAAACAAAAGGAGAUAGAAAUGAAACGACAAGAACAACAAAAAGUUCGAAGACGUCAACAGGUGUUGAAAUUGUUGAUGAUAAACUGAUAGGUCCAAAUAAUAUGGAACAGUCAACCGAAAACGAUGAACCCAGCAAUAAAAAGUUAAAAGAAAACGUCAUACCGAUAUAUGUAAGACAAAUGGGAAGUUCUGAUAAAAAAGCUGUUGACGACAAAAAUGACGACACUGUCAAAAGUAAGAAAGGCGAAAUUGACAAAACCGUCUUGAAGUCUGUUGACAAGACAAUCAACACACACUUAAAAAUAAUGGCAACAGAUGAUGAUGCACGCAAUUAUAUUGAAGAAUAUAAAACGUUUAUGGAGGAUAAACAUCAAUCAAUUAGUUCACCAUAUCCCAUAAGAGAAACUUUUCAAUUUGAGGAGGCACUCAAUUUCAACACAUUUAAAAGGCAAUCAGUAAGAAGCAUGUACAGCAACAACAAUCACAACAGCAAUAAUAACCAUAACAACAACAAUGCUGAUAACAAAUUUUUACAUACAUAUAACAUAAAUGAACCGCAGAACAAUACUAGUCCCACCCCCAAUCAAUUAACACCAAAUGAAUCACCCAUGCCAACAGCUAGCGCACCCAAAACACCCGAAGAGAUUGAAUACGAAGAGAAAGCAGCAGCAGAAUACAAAGAUGUGAUGACACCUUUACCAAAAAAUAAUCUCAACUCAAAGCAAUAUGCUUUCGGACGUAACAUACAACCUGAAGUGGCGGAGUGUAUACGCAGCUUAGAUGCAAAUGCUCUCCGACUCAAUAAUUUAACGAUGGAAGAUAAAAUGGAACUGCUGCGUCGUUAUGAUCAUCAACAACGUCGCCAUAGUCGCAGUAAAAGUUAUAUAUUACGCGCUUAUGAAAAUCGUUUUCGGCAAUUUGAUGAAUCCUCAGAAUCGGGUACGGAAGAAGUAGUGCUGCGCAGGAAAGUAAAACCACAGAGUGUUAGUUUUAAAAACUCCAGUUUAUAUGAACGCAGACAGCCGGAAUGUCCAAAAUUAAAAUUAGUUGUGCAAUCAAAUAAAAAAGAUGGAAAAGAAAAUUCGGUGGAUGAGCUGGAGAAAAAUCUCAUGGACUUGAAAUAUCCAACCGUAUUACCACCGAAUCCUCAGCUUAAGGCUCUACUUGUAUUUCAUAAAUCGGACAAUAUCUGUGAAGUAAUGACACAAGCGUGUCAUCGCCAACAAUUGGACGUAACUGUGGUGAAGACAAAGGAGGCAGCGCUUGAGAUCCUUUCAAAUACAAACACCACAGCGGAAUGCUAUCACUUAAUUGUAAUUGAUGCGCGCUCAACCAAGUAUUUGGAUGCUGAGUACAUUACCAGGUCAAUUCGUCACACAAAUGGACAUCAUUUCACAACAAUAAUUACAGUUGUAAAGAAAAGGUAAGUUCUU